AUGACACCUGGCGAUAAGAAAAAAUGCCGACGUAAUGUGCUGCGCUCAACGAGGUACGAAGGAGGUCUUCCUCGCACCAGAGGGCGUCUAAAGAUAGCGUCUUUAAAAACCGCAGCUGUUGUUGAAGAAGCUUUGAAACUUACCCUCGAUGCGAAGAAAAAAAAUGACGUUGUAAUGUUCUAA